GUUCGAACAAGUUAAAUGGCUCGCUUCCGGCAACGCUCAACAAGCUUCAAACCCUUCAGGUUCUUGAUUUAUCAAACAAUAACUUCACAGGUUUUGCCGCAAACUUGUCGUUUAACUCCCAGUUGCAGAUCUUAUACCUUGAUCGAAACAUCCAUUUAAAAAUCGAUGGUAACACUCUGUUGAAAGCAUUACAGCCUUGCUUUUGUAGUCUACGUAUGCUCCUGGCAAGAAAUUGUGGACUCAAAGGUGGACUUUCAAGUUCACUUUUUAACUUUCACCAAGUUAUGUAUAUUGAUCUCAGCAACAACAACUUGACUAGUCGUAUCCUUACAAAUGAGGCAUUUAAUAUGGUAUAUUUGUUUUAUCUUGCUGUUGCAUCAAAUAACUUCACUGGUGAGUUACCCAUGAACUUUUUUCCUCCAUUGACAUCUCUGAAAUAUCUCGAUGUCAGACAAAACCGGUUCUUGAAAAGUAAGGGCACUUUCCCAAAUAUUAACAUGAUAGUGACAUACAGUGUGAAGAUACAGAGAGAUACAUUUUCUUGCCCGACUGUUCAUCUUUCAAAUUCGGGAAGACGGGUAGAAAUGGAUCCCGGAUAUUAUGAUUACUUCUUAUGUUCUUGUACCAAAGGUUACUAUGGUUACCGCAGAUAUUGCAAGCCCUGUAUGCAAGGUGGUUCAUGCAAAAUGAAAGAGGCAACCACGAAUAAAACAAAAACUUCAUCAUCGAGCAAACAAAGUGAGAUCAAGAUGAACAUGAACAAAGGUUACUGGCCAUGCUGCGGCGAUUUUGACAAUGUGACUAAACUGGUUAAAUGCACCCAACAAGAAAUGUUUGAUGAUGAAAUAUGCAAUCCCUCCGAAGACUGCAAAUGUUGGCUACAAUUG